AUGAACUUGGUUGAUUUAAGAUUGUCUACGGAGUUGGCCAAGAAACAGCUGUAAGCUUGCGAACUCGAGCGCUCAAGUGUCUGACGCAAAUCAUCGAAGCUGAUCAUGAAGUUCUGGGACUGGUAAAUCCCUCGAUUUGAUGUAAAUUUCAAGUUUACUUUCUAGGAAGAAGUUCGCAAAACAGUGCAUAGCCGCAUGAUGGAUCCUAAUGCUCAAGUCCGCGAAGCCGCCAUCGAACUUUUGGGAAAAUUCCUCCUCGUGAAAGAGGAGUUCAUCGAUCAGUAUUAUUCAGUUAUUACUGAGAGAAUCAAGGUUCAACCAUCUUCUCCGAAUCUUUUCAACUGUUUUUGUUUAAGGACUCUGGAACGGCAGUGCGCAAGCGUGUCAUCCGGAUCAUGCGGGAAAUUUGCGAGAAAUAUCCAAACUACGAGAAGGUUCUUUACAAAUCGUAAAUUUGAUUCGUAUGAUGAAACAUUCAGAUACCUGAAAUGCUGGCGAAAAUGGUCCGACGGGUAAACGACGAGGAAGGAGUCAAAAAGCUGGUUCACGAGACUUUCAACACUCUUUGGUUCCAUCCGUCUGCCUACAAAAAUCACCCUGCUGUAUAUACGAAGGUAAAAACAUAAAGAAAAGAUGAUAACGGGUUUUGGCCUGAGUUUUGUCGAAGCAUAAUGAAAUGUAUCUCGUAUACUCGAUGGAGAUUUUUUUUUCUUCGCGAACUUUUUUCAGAAGUUGAAAGCUUUCUAUUAAUUUAAUGAGUUAUCAAAUAAAUUCUGUAAAAAAACUUGAUUUAGAUGAUUUCGACACCAACUUGUAUAAUUUUUUUAAUUUUUUUAUGUCUUUUUCACAAAAUAUUUUCAUUUUUAUGCUCCUCUUAAUUUGUAGCUUUCAGCGUUUUUAUCGUUCAAGAGGUUACUUGAAAAGUUAGUUAAGAUAGAAUUUUUUGUCGGGAUCUUUUAGGAAGUAAUUUCAGAAGGAAGUGAAGUUUUAUUUUUCAGGUUCUGAUAAUGUCUGGCGUAGUGCAGCACUGCAUCAACGAACAAACGGUCGAAAUGCUCGAACAAUUGAUUCACUCGAUAAUCAAACAAGGCGACAAGGUGAAUAAUUUCUAGCUUUUUCAACCCUUCAUUCGUUGUGUUCAGAGCGUCUUGUUGGCUUGCGAGCAGACUGUUGACGCCUUGGUGGACAAUAUCCUGCAGCUGGAGACCAAAAUGGCGUCUGGUUAGCUAUUUCCUCAAUUUAGACGAUUGAGAAUGGUCAUUUUACAGAAAACGACGUCUCCAACGUGCAACCGGAUGGAGAGGACGCUCUAAACGUGACUGCCAAGCAGAAAAACAACCAAGAUCGACUUCUUUCUUGUCUGACCACGAUGGCCAUUUUCAGCAAGGUCGCUCGAGUUUUAAUGAAAAUCUCUUUAUUCAAUUUGGGAUUGUUUGUCUUAUUCUUUUUCUAACGGCGUGUUCAUCAGAAAAAAAACGAAAAUUUGUACUCUUUUAGAGCAACUUUGGUUCGCCGAUGAGCACGCCAUUGUGAUGUUUUUUUUUGUCAAACGCUCCUUUUUCGUUUCCUAAAAAGUGUCGAAAUUUUUUCCACCUUUUUUUUUCUUCUCAAAAAUUCUUUCCUUUGAAAGACAUCGUUUCCAAAGGUUCUUUUUCAGCCCUUCUGGACUUUACUCAUGAGUUAGAAGUUCUUACAGGUCCGUCCAGAGCUUAUGGUCCGACACGCCGAGACGCUCCAGCCGUAUCUUUCUGAAACUUCGAUCAAAACCGCUGCAGAAGUUGCUGUAAGACAACAACCGCCGUACCCAACCUCCUCUAUUUUUCUAUAGGUCAUGAACGAAGUCAUCGGAAUGCUGGAACGAGUUGUGCCUCUGACAAGUCAUCCGAGCGAUCAAUUCCUUCAAAUGUAUAACUACAGAUCUCACAGUCAAGCCAUGGAAAUGUAUUAAGGAUCGACGAGAACCUCACGAAGAUGGUAACUAAAUCGGGAAUGCAACUCGUUAUCACGGCGAUUUCCUGCGCUUCGGCCAUCUGGCACAAGUUUCGACGUUGUCGUCCCAAGCUCACUGACACAUUUUUGUCGUUUAUAAGUAAGAAUGUACUUUGAUACACCGAAAAUGUUUGAAAUCAUCUAGAAUAUUUGAAAAUGGCGAAGGCGCAGUUCGAACGUCACCCUGGCUUUCAGCCAGAUCAAAGAAAGCUGCCGACCAUCCAAAGGUUCAAUUUUAUUUUCUGAUAUCUGAUAUUCAAUCUUUUUAGGUCAAUCUUCACUAUUGGCGUUCUUUCUCGAUACUUCGACUUUGACGAUAUUCUAUCAACUGAUAGCAAUGUAGAAAAUGUUUCGAGUUCUUCAGUAAAUGUUUUUUUUUUCAGGACGAGAACGAGUUUGGUUUAUCUGAGUACGGUCCUGAGGCCAAUCCUGACAAAAGGUGGAACUUAUAACAAAUCUUUGACGUCAUGACCAUUUUCAGGAAUCUGCGCGACGAUGUCUUCUCAAUAUUAGCUUUCUUUUCUCGGAGUAAGGAGACGAGUCUUUGCCAUAGAGCACUCAUGUCUAUUGGUACGCAUUCAACUUCGGAAAAAAUAAUUCAAUCAAAUGAUCUCAGGACAUUUCUGUGCUCAGUACAGCGAGUACCUGACCAGGAACGAGGUUCGAGACAUGUACAUCACGAUUUUGAACUCAAUUUCUCCAGAAAUGCUCCAACUCCGCAUUCAGGUCUUUAUUUCUUGUCAAGAUCCAUAACCAUUAAUUUUAGGUUUUGCGAAACUUGGAAAUGUUUUUACAAACAGAAGAGAAAAAGCUGAUCCGAAGCAACGAUGAAUGUGAGGACACGUCUCUCUGAUGGCUUGAAAAAUCUUUUUUGCAGGGGAAAAGAGCAAGGAGCAGCAGAACUUGAAGGAAAUGGAGCUGAGCGGCUCUGGAUUAGGCUCCACGGUCAUUCAGCUCUAUUGGAACGCUGCACUCAUGUGUUAUUUCAAUGCGGAUCCUCAGCUUCGACAGGCCACUGUCCAGGUAAGGCAGUUUGAAAAAAAAAAAAGUCAGAAAAAGAACUGCGGAAAAAAGAUGUUUUAUACUAAACCUAUAGAAAGAAUAGUAAUUUUUUAAUGAGCAGACUUAAAAAUAGCUUCAAAAAAGCUUUGGUCUUUUACAUCUUGCUCAAAAAUAUUUUCCAAAAAUUUAAGUUUUGAGAGAAUUUUACAAAAAUUGGCGAGGAAAGUGAAAACACCGAAUUUUUAGGAACUCAGUAAAGCUAAACUAUAAUGACAUCGAUCUCAUAAUUUUUUUGAUUUUUUUUAUUCUUCGAUGACUUUCUAGGUAGUAUUCGAAACUAUGCGACGUAGCAAAUAAUCACAAACAUUUUCAGAAAUUUAAAUUUAAUUUCAGGUGGCUUGGCUGACGCUCUCGCAGGGUUUGGUCACCCCCGGCUCCUCGAUCGCGACGUUGAUCGCCAUGACGACGGACCCAAUUCAGCUGAUCCGUCACCGCGUAGAGAAUCUUCUCAAGGAGAUCGAUUCCAAGUACGCUGGAAUGGUGCAGGUACAGCUUCGCUCAAAUAGAAAUCCUUGAGACAUGUUAUUUUACAGAGCAAGGCAAAUUCUGGGGUUCGCCUCGCCUACAAGUUCCAGGCGAAGAUCUACGAGUCAGCGUUGGAGAAAGGCAACCGGAAUGCGGCGAUCGUCCGAGGCAUUCGCUUCUGCGACUUUUCCGCGACGACAACAUCAAGUUUUCCGAGGAAAGCUGUGAAAUCUUACCAAAGCUUUUUGAGAUCCCUCACCGAACCGAGAUUACUUUGCGCUACCGCGGCAUUCAAACGACGGCCAGGCGUUACUCAGCGGCCUCUACCAAACACUGCGGACCAAUAGACAGCAGCGGAGAUCUUUCUUGCAGUCCACCCUCAAGUUGAACAUUCCUAGAAGUUUUUUUUCUAAUUUCGGUUAAAUACAGACUCUUUUCCGAUGACAGCCGAGAGAAGCUUUGCCUGGGGGAGUGGAUAUUCGUCGCUGACAACCUGGCAAUGUUCCCGUAUCAGGUUUUGAAUUGACAACUAUUCCUAUGUCAACUCUCUUAUAGAUGUUGGACGAGCCUUUGUACGUGAUCAGAACGGUUGACCAGAUAGUCGCUCAGUCAGGCCAAUCGAUUGUCAAUCAGUUCAAGGUUUUGCUUCGUGUUCAUUCCUUCCUAACCAUUUCAUGCUCAGGAAAGUCUCUUGCCUUCGUCUCAUGCCUAUGGUUUGAACGAGCAUGUGCCUCAGCAGCCCGAGGACGACGAUUUCCUGUUUGAGCCCGAAAACCUCUACAGUAUGAUUUUUCCCGUUGUCAGUUCUAUCCAUCAUGUUUCUAGGACGUUUCCCUGAUGACAAGACCAAACUGUAUGACCUGAUGAUCAACUGUCAAUCGUGUUUCUUACUCCUCUACCUCAGAAGUUUCCUCAUGAAAGUCUACAGCUUCACUGAAGCGUAUGAAAGGCUGCUUUGAUCCGUACGAUUGUUUUUUCGAUUCCAGAAAGGUGCAAGAAUACUCGCCGUCCGAAGCCGCCAAAGUUUAUGAGAAAGCGGCGUCGCGGAAAAACGUUCAAAUGUUCUCUCCGCAGUCGGCGUUAGAAGAGCUGUCUGGUAAUAAAGCGAGUGAACGAAACACGAUGGAAGGCAACUACAACUUGGCACACAAGAUCAACAAGGUGACUUUUUGAAAUUCCUCGAACGGAUUAAACUUUUUUUCCUAUUCAAAAUGAAUAAAAGACAAUUGGAAACGGCUUUUCAGUUCCGCAAAAUGUUGUUGACGCUGGAUCGUGGCGACGGCGAGAACGAUGACGUUGUCGGGCCGACGACGAAAAACGAAGAAGGCGAAGAAGACGAAGAAAUGGGAGAGGAGGACGUCGGUUGCGAUCUCCAAGAGUAG